CUCCAGCUCCAGUAUUGUCUGUGAUUUCCUCUCAGGACAUCAAGGGGGUUUUUGGACUAUAUUUUCCUGAAAGGAUUGUCGAAUUCUCACGUUUUUCCCUCUGAUCUCAGGAUGUGCAGCUUGCCUCAUACCGGAAUACCGAUAUCAUUUGCUCUCGUGGAUAUUUUUGAUUUCAAAGUUGUUAAACCUUGAAUUGUUUUGGUCCUGAUUGAGGAAGCGCUCUGUGAUGGCGGUGUUAAUUGGCAGGUUGAUUGCGGUCUAGGAAAGUGAGAGAUGCAGUGAAGAGAAAGUGACACACCUCAGGUCAAAGGUUAAAGUCAGCAGGAAGUGGAGGAGCAAGAUGCAGUCACAGGAGCAGCCGCUGGCCCUCACUGCAGUGACGUCGCUCUAUUCGACCAAUGGGAAAGAGGAAGAGGUGAACACAGAUGCAGAAUCCAUGGAGGAAGAGGUGGAGUUUAACUGGGAGGAGUACAUGGAGGAGACAGGGGCUAACGCCGCCCCUCAUACCACCUUCAAACAUGUGGAGGUGAGCCUGCAGAGCAGCUUCCAGCCCGGCAUGAAGCUGGAGGUGGCCAAUAAGAGCAGCCCGGACACCUACUGGGUGGCCACCAUCAUCACAACGUGUGGCCAGCUGCUGCUGCUGCGCUUCAGCGGGUACGGAGAUGACCGCAAGGCCGACUUCUGGUGCGACGUGAUGACCGCCGAGCUGCACCCGGUGGGCUGGUGCACGCAGAACAACAAGACUCUCAUGCCCCCUGAAGAUAACAUUUACCUGAGAAAAGCCAUCAAGGAGAAAUACAGCGACUGGACGGAGUUCCUCGUUCAGGAUCUGACCGGCUCCAGGACGGCACCGGCAAACCUGCUGGAGGGGCCUCUGCGGGGUAAAAACACGGUGGAUCUGAUCGUGGAGGGCUCGCUUCUGGAGCUGCAGGACGUCUCCGGCCCGUUGCUCUACUGGCCUGUGCGGGUCCUGCAGAAUGUGGGGGGGAGGCUGCGUCUGCGCUACGCCGGCCUCUCAGAGGAGCACCAGACUCAGGACAGCUGGCUCUUCUACCUCGAGGUCCGGCUCCGGCCGCUGGGCUGGGCUCUGGAGAACCAGCUCGCCCUAGAGCCGCCGACAGGACUCAGGUCUCUAAGAAGCGCCUCAGAAUGGCAGGAGGCUCUACAGGAAGCUCAACUCGACGGACAAAAGAGCCCGCUUCCCCUGGAGGUGUUCAAGGACCACGCGGACCCGCCCGAGCACUCCUUCAGGACGGGGAUGAAGCUGGAGAUGGUUUCUCCGUGGGAGCAGCUGCAGAUCUGCCCCGUUUCUGUCACCAAGGUCUACAACGACUUCUACUUCCAGGUCACUCUGGACGAUCUCUCCCCUGACUUUAAGCCGCGAUUUGUGGUGUGUCACGCCCACUCUCCCGGCAUCCUGCCCGUGCAGUGGUGUCUGAAGCACGGUGUGACUCUGGAGCGGCCCCGGGGCUUCAGGGGCCACGACUUUGACUGGGCCGACUACUUGAAGCAGAGCGGGACCGAGGCUGCGACCGACGCCUGCUUCCCUGAAACAUGGAAGAACAGAAGCUUUGCCAAGGACAUGUGGCUGGAGGCGGUGAACCCUCACCGACGAGAGGAGGUGUGUGUGGCUCAGAUCACACAGGUCAGAGGAUGCCUGCUGUGGCUGCGACUCGAAGGUGUGGCGAAGCCGCUGUCAGAGAUUAUCUUGGAUGUGGAGUCCAUGGACAUCUUCCCUGUAGGCUGGUGCGAGGCCAACGCUUACACUCUGACCCCUCCUUUCAAACCUGUCUGUCAGAAGCAGAAGAAGAUAGCGGUGGUCCAGCCGGAAAAACAGUUGGCUCCGGCCCCGCAGUUAGAGACGACUCCUGUCAUCUCCUGCCAGCCCGUCGCCAUGGAUCCAGUCUCAGCUAAUGGCAGGUACUGCUGCUCAAAGAUUUUUGUCAACCACCGCUGUUUCUCAGGCCCGUACCUCAACAAGGGACGCAUCGCCGAACUGCCGCAAGCUGUCGGGCCCGGGAAGUGCACACUGGUCCUCAAAGAGCUGCUCAGCAUGCUGAUCAACGCCGCCUACAAGCCCGGACGAGUCCUGAAGGAGCUGCAGGAUCUGGAGGAUCAUAGCUGGGACUGCCAAGAGGAGACCCUCAAAGCCAAAUAUAAAGGGAAAACCUAUCGCUCCACCAUCCGCAUCGUGCGCCUCGCAGACCAGAUCGCGGACUUUUGUCGUAAAGUGUGCGUGAAGCUGCAGUGCUGCCCGAACCUCUUCAGUCCUGUCCUCGUCGCCGACAAGUGCCCGGAGAACUGCUCCGUCCAGACCAAAACCAAAUACACUUAUUACUACGGGAAGAAGAGGAAGCUCUCCAAGCCAAUGGGUGGAGAGGAGGCGACAGAGGCCAAGCCGACGCGCCGCAGGAAGAAGAGGAAAGCAAUCUUUGUGCAGAAGAAGAGACGCUCGUCCAACGUGGACUACACUCCUGCCGGCUCACCGCAGGACAGCGAGGAGGAUGAAGAGCUGAUGUUGCAGUCGGGCAGUGAAGGCACUAGCUCGGAGCCGCGUGAGGACCACAAUGACGCUUCCUCGGUGGAGGUGACCAGCAGCCGCCCCCGUCGGGCUGCCACGCUGCGCAGGGCCUUCAGCCCAAGCGGCUCUGCGGGCAGCAUGGAGGCCCCCGAGGGCCGCAGGAGGUCCACGCGCUCACUGUCCGCUCACAACCAGAAGUACCAGCCACCGGAAGGACAGGACACACAGAUGGAGAAGGAGGAGGAUCAGCUGGUGUUGGACAGAAACCCUCUGGAGUGGAGUGUAGAUGAGGUCGUUCAGUUUAUAAACUCAACUGACUGUGCAUCUCUGGCCCACAUCUUCCAGGAGCAGGACAUUGACGGUCAGGCGCUGCUCCUGCUCACUCUCCCCACUGUACAGGAGUGUAUGGACCUGAAGCUCGGGCCCGCCAUCAAGCUGUGUCACCAGAUAGAGCGCGUCAAGGUCGCCUUUUACAGACAGUACGCCAACUGAUCCAGGAGCAGCACGACAAUAAGGGCCGUUGGAAUAGGUGCCUCCUGGUGGAAAGUUGUGGAGCUUUUAUGGAUUUCCAACAUGCAAGAAGAGGGAUAUUUUGGGGAGCGAUUGCACUGGAAAAGCACAAACAGAGGAAUAUCCCCUCGAGAAGCUGAAGGAUUACUUCUGGGAUAAUGCUGGUGUCAACAUUGGAUGGAGUACCCACGGAAACGUCCACCAAAAAGACGUCGGGGUCAAACAGUUUACUCAUCCUGUGAAGAGGUUAUUAUGAGAGGCUGAAGACUUCUGUUUUUAUUUCUUACUUUUCAUUUCCAUUCUAUUUGUGACUGAAGAGCAGUAUAGCAUUUAAGUUAAAAACAUGAUUAUUGACCAUGAAGAGUUUUCCCUUUAUGUGUGACAUGAUUGGAUAUAUUUGAAAAUAUUUAACAAACCAAGAAGUAAUAUAUUUGAAAUAUUUAUCGUUAUCCAUUGGGAUUCAGAGAAAAGAAUUGAUCAGUUAUAUAAUAAUGUCCACAGGAACUACUUCACCCCCAAAAGAUGUUUAAGUUAUUUCAGAUACAGGAUCGGCAUUUAUUUAGAUUCACACUUCAGUUUUUAGAGGAACACUUUGUGAUGUGUUGCUCUCCUCCUGGUGAUACAGUCACAUGAAACAAUCGUGGAAGCUAUUUUGUGUCCAUCUAUGCAAAUGUGUUGCAGAUAUUUUUGAUAAGUAAGAAAAUAAAUUUCUAUUCAUUUUU